UAAGCUUUCCCCUCUUUAUUUUAUUGGCAGCUGUAACAAUUAUAGCGAAGAGAGACACCAAAAACACAGAAAAAAUUUUAUAUACAUAGAGAGUGAAGAUGCCUGCUUUGAUCAUCUCCACAAACGUCAGCCUUGAUGGAGUUGACACCUCCUCCAUCCUCUCAGAAGCAACCUCUGAAGUUGCCAAGGUUAUCGGCAAACCUGAGAAAUAUGUGAUGAUUGUAUUGAAGGGAUCAAUUCCAAUUUCAUUAGGAGGAACUGAGGAGCCAGCAGCUUAUGGGGAGUUGGUAUCUAUUGGUGGCCUUAGCCCUGAUGUGAACAAGACUCUGAGCUCUGUAGUUGCAUCAAUUCUGGAGAAGAAGUUGUCAGUACCCAAGUCACGGCUCUUCCUUAAAUUCUAUGAUUCUCAGGGCACCCACUUUGGGUGGAAUGGUUCCACCUUCUAAAUCCAGCUUCGUUCUUUGUUGUCUUCGAAUUAAUGUCAGAGAUCCAAUAAGAUAUGCGCCCUUGGUGUUCUGUUAUUACAGAAACUUAGCCUUGUUAAGCUGUACAGAAUCUACAGGCUACAGAUAUCCAUCCUUAUAAGCAUCAUGGUGCUCACGGCACAUGAUCUGGGAGUGAAUAUCUGCUGUUGUUGAACCAUUGUCAGCUUAUGAGCAAUGUUCUUUGGAGUGCUUUGGCCUUGCUUUCUGAGAAAUUGUAUUCAGAUUGUUUUUAGCUAAUUAGCCAAAACCGAUUUUUCUUUUACUAGUAAUGAAAGGGUGUUUAUAUAACAGGUGUAGCCUAACGAUUGGAUGUAUAUGUAGUUGCUUUCUUUGGUGAAGCAGGUUUGAGUCUUGGUGACAUUUAUUUUGGUUAUUUAUUUUGGUUAUUACUAUUUUA